AUGGGCGAGAUUGAAACUGGAAAGAGCUUGAAUCAAGAACGUGAUCUUGCUAGAGCUGCUAAUACUCGUUGGGGUUCACAUUGUAAAUUGUUUAAGAACUUUAUUAGUAUGUUUGGUUAUAUUACUGAUGUCCUUGAUACUAUUGUUGUUGAUUCUAAAUCUGUUGAAGAAAAAGAUAGGGCAACAGGAUAUCUCAGAACUUGUCAAACGUUUGAGGUUGCUUUCAUAUUGCACUUAAUGAGAGAUAUUUUAGAAAUCAAAAAUGAGCUUAAUGAAUCCUUAAAGAAGAAAGAACAAGAUAUUACAAAUGUUAUUCUACUUGUUAAAGUGGUGAAAAAAACAUUGCAAGAUUUAUGGCAUGAAGGAUGGAAUCCACUUAUCAAAAAUGUGUCUAAAUUUUGUGUGAGAUUUGCUGAUUAUACUAUCUCACAUCACUAUCUCGUGGAAGUAUUUUUAAAAGUUAUUGAUUGGCAACUUCAAGAACUCAAUGAUCGUUUUAAUGAGUUUGCAUUGCUCCUGCCGGUUGCCACUGCUAUAGUUGAAAGAGCCCUUUCGGCAAUGAAGUUGAUCAAGAGUGAAUUGAGAAAUCGAAUGGAUGAUGGUUUCAUGAGCAGUUGUAUGGUGACUUAUGUAGAAAAAAAUAUUUAA